CAGCAACUCUCAAAGUGAGGAGUGAGCGAGCCCCAGGCCAGGAAGCAGAAAGCACAAGUGCCCCGAGCAGCCCUGUCCCCUGGGGUGUGGCCCAGCCCCAGCCCCAGGAGGAGGAACCUAGAGCAGGACAUGGCUGAGAAUUGUGCAAGUGGGGACGGCCCCCAGAGGAAUGUGAAAGCAACUUCCUGCUUUCUUGGCACCCAUUCUCAGUUCCCUUUUCCACCCUGCUAUAAACACGCCGGUUAUAGCAGCAGGAUCGGAGGGGAGCAUCAGCCAGCAGCCAGCUCAGCACAUCUUGGUGGCUGGACGGUACCUCCGCACUCCUGUAAGGAUGGCAACGCGUCACCUGGCCCUGGCUGCCUCGGUGCUGGCCAUCUGCAUGGUGCUCACCAGGGCCACUAACCCCGGCUUUGUGGCCAGAAUCACUGUUAAAGGCCUGGACUACGCUCGUCAGGAGGGCAUCACUGCCCUGCAGAAGGAAUUAGCCAAGCUGAAGCUGCCAGACUUCUCGGGGUCCUUUAAAGUCAAGGUCUUAGGGAAGGUGCGCUACACAUUCUACAGUCUGAACCUUCGCAGUUUCCAGUUGCCGAGUUCGCAGAUUGCCCUGAUCCCCAACGUGGGCCUGAAGGUCUCCAUUGCCAACGCCUUUGCCCAGCUGACGGGGAAGUGGAAGGUGAAGAAGAGAUUUCUCAGGGACAGUGGUUCAUUUGACCUGAAGAUUGAGGGUCUCUCUAUCUCUGUUGGUCUGAAGCUGGGCAGCGACGCCUCUGGGAGACCCACCAUUACCACCUCGGAGUGUGGAACCCACAUCUCCAACGUUCGGGUGCACAUUUCGGGCAGGUUUGGCUGGCUGUACAAUCUCUUUCACAAGAAGAUUGAGUCCAGCUUCAGGAGGACCAUGGAAGGCAAGGUCUGCGAAGCAGUGACCAGCUCUGUCACCACCAAGCUGCAGCCCUAUCUCCAGACUCUGCCAGUCACAGCAAAGAUAGACAAGGUGGCUGGGAUUGAUUACUCCCUGGUUGCACCUCCCGCGGCAACAGCCCAAUCUCUGGAUGUGAAUCUGAAGGGUGAAUUUUUUUCCCUGGCCCAUCGCUCUGCCGUCCCCUUUGCUCCUCCCAUACUGGCCUUCCCCGUGGAUCAUGACCGCAUGGUUUACUUCGCAGCCUCCAGUUACUUCUUCAACACAGCUGGCUUUGUGUACCACAAGGCCGGGGUCCUGCUCUUUGAGAUCACUGAUGCCAUGAUUCCGAAGGAGUUUAAAUUCCAUUUGAACACCUCCACUUUUUCAGCCUUCAUUCCCCAGCUGGAGAAGAUGUACCCAGACAAGCUGAUGAAGCUCAGGAUUAAAACCUCUUCUGCUCCGUUCCUGACCAUCGCGCCUGGAAACUUGUCGCUUACACCUGUUGUGGAUAUCCAAGCAUACGUUAUCCUACCCAACUCCUCCUUUGUCCCCAUCUUCCUCCUCAGCGUGACCAGCAGCGUUUCAGUCAAAAUUAUGGUGACCUCUGCCCAGAUAGGUGCGACCCUGGAGCUUGGCAGGCUGCAGCUGUCACUGAAGCACUCGGACAUCGGCCCUUUCUCUGUGCAGCUGCUGCAGGCACUCAUGAACUUCUAUGGCUCCAGCAUCCUGAUCCCACGCAUUAACGCGCUACUCAGAGAGGGCUUCCCUCUCCCACUGCCGGCUCGCGUCCAGCUCUCCAACCUCGUCAUACAGCCCCGCCAGAACUUCCUGCUGUUUGGAGCAGAUGUUCGUUACAUGUAGAGACGCUGAGGACGAGACGCUGAAAGAAACGACUGAUACGAAAAGACAACGUUCCUCUUUCCCCUGAGCAGCACCUGGCCUUGUGAAUGGAUAACAGGCUCCCACCUUUCCUCUUUGCCUGCACCGCACCCAUCCUCAUGCCCAGAGAGGGCUCCAGAUUCUCUCCUUCCCCCAGCAAUUCACUGCUACCGAAGCUGUUUGUCCAGGAGUAAAAAACAUGUGAUUUGUCUCCAAAGAAAUUCCUCCCCUGCCUGCUCAGUCUGGAUCACUGGGCACUGGAUAGACAGAGGAGCAGCAUGAGCAUUUGAACAGAAAGAAAAACCAAGCAAAUGAGCUUCCCUUCCACAGACUUUGACCAAUGUACAUGGUAGAGGGGCAUUGCUGGCACAUGACGGCCAACAUAUCGUCAAGGAUCUACAACCUAUCCUGAAGGACGACCCAUCACUCUCACAGAUCUUAGGAGACAGGCUAGUCCUUGCUUACAGACAGCCCCCCAACCUGAAGCAAAUACUCACCAGCAACCACACACCACACAACAGAACCACUAACCCAGGAACCUACCCUUGCAACAAAGCCCGUUGCCAACUGUGCCUACAUAUCUAUUCAGGGGACACCAUCACAGGGCCUAAUCACAUCAGCCACACUAUCAGAGGCUCGUUCACCUGCACAUCUACCAAUGUGAUAUAUGCCAUCAUGUGCCAGCAAUGCCCCUCUGCCAUUUACAUUGGUCAAACUGGACAGUCUCUACGUAAAAGAAUAAAUGGACACAAAUCAAACGUCAAGAAUUAUAACAUUCAUAAACCAGUCGGAGAACACUUCGAUCUCUCUGGUCACUCGAUUACAGACCUAAAAGUGGCAAUUCUUCAACAAAAAAACUUCAAAAACAGACUCCAGCGAGAGAUUGCUGAAUUGGAAUUAAUUUGCAAACUGGAUACAAUUAACUUAGGCUUGAAUAGAAACUGGGAGUGGUUGAGUCAUUACACAAAGUAAAACUAUUUCCCCAUGUUUAUCCCCCACCCCCACACCCCACUGCUCCUCGGAUGUUCCUGUUAACUGCUGGAAAUGGCCCACCUUGAUUAUCACUACAAAAGUUUUUCUCCCCCGCUCUCCUGCUGGUAAUAGCUCAUCUUAAGUGAUCACUCUCCUUACAGUGUGUAUGGUAACACCCAUUUUUUCAUGUUCUGUGUGUAUAUAAAUCUCCCCACUGUAUUUUCCACUGCAUGCAUCCGAUGAAGUGAGCUGUAGCUCACAGAAGCUUAUGCUCAAAUAAAUUGGUUAGUCUCUAAGGUG